AUGAAAGAAGUUGGAGUGCAAACUCAGUCAGGAGACAGUGCGGGACCCAGAGUGUUCUCUAACCCCUCUCCUCUCUAAUAGAAUAAAAAUUUUUGCUUGCUAAGAGUAGUUAAUUUUUUUUAAUUUAUAUCAGUAUUAUUCAAUUUUUAAGUCAGAUUAUUCAAAACAAGCUGGUAUAUAUGAUGCUUGCUCAAGCUUUUUUCUUUGAAUAGUGCUGCUCGCUCACGGAGGAGGUAAGACUCCUAUCCCUGAGUUCGAAUUCCCUCAAAUUCUAUAUUCUUCACACACAGUCCUAUGGCUCCUUAUAGCUGUUGGCAUACUUGGCUAUUUCACAUUCUUAAGAGAUGAUUCAGAUUCCUUAUUAAACCAGCGCCAAGGUUUUUUGGGACUUAUCCUUGUCUUUAUUUUUACUUGUGGAGUCCAGCUACCAGAUUCAGGCUUUUUUUCCCGUCCUCAUCCGGUAUUUUGGAGGAUGCUUCAAGGUGUUGGCUUAUGCUAUUUCACAAUGCUAGUUUACCUUCUCUUUCAGAAUCUUGAUGAUUCUCGCCAACUGCUUACAUUUUUAGACCCUAAACUAGGGAAAUCUUUACCAGAUAAAAACUAUGCUGACGACUGCAGAAUUUAUACACCCGAACACCCUGAAUCAAUUUUUUAUAAUAUAAAGGAUUGCUUUUUUGACAUAUAUAUUCCAGCUCAUGCACUUGGAUGGUUUUUUAAGAUGAUUAUUAUAAGAGAUAUGAAACUCUGCUGAAUUUUAAGUGUUUUCUUUGAAUUCUUAGAGCUUACUUUGAAGUUUCAAAUACCUAACUUUGCUGAAUGCUGGUGGGAUAGCUUGAUUUUUGACAUUAUUUUAUGCAAUGGAGGUGGAAUUUAUCUUGGAUAUCUUACAUGCAGAUUUUUUCAAAUGAAAGAGUUUUUCUGGGGCAUUGGGGAAGAUAAAAGAAGUGCUACUGGACGCUUUUCGGCAUUGUCAAGGACUGCUUCCCAGCUUACCCCUCACUCCUGGCUCUCUUUUAAUUGGGAAAUGUUUGGAUCCUGCAAAAAUUUUAUUACUACAAUAUGGCUAGUGAUUUUUGUAAGCGCUACAGAUCUAAGUAAUUUUUAUUUGAAAUUUAUUUUAUGGAUCCCAGCAGAUCACUGAAUAUUAGUUAUUAGAGUCUUUUUUGUAGCAUUUUAUGCGAUGGUAUCAAUUGAAGAAUAUUUUGAAUAUGUUUCUUCUGGGUUUAGACUAAGGCUAGGCACGAAUUCUUGGCUUGCACAUAUGACUGUGUUCACAGAGUGGAUGAUAAUCCUCAAGCAUUCUCAAGGAAUGUUUGUAGAGCCAAUGCCUUACUGGCUGCAAAUCGCUUGAACUGGAAUCGGAUGCUUUGUUGUGUCAAGCGCUCUAUGCUUAUUUUAUUCAGAUAUAAGCAAGAAAAAUUCAGAUAAAGUUAAAUCAGUCCAGUAG